AAGGAAUAAAGGUGUAGGGGGAGUCCGGGAGAGUCUAGCAGGUGGGAGACAAUAGCCGCUGCUCAUAGAAUAUUUGUGGCACGAGAUGUUACGACAUUGCCACACUUCUCAGACGUCAUAGGCACCUCCCACCCCGCUCACGUAGCGCCGUUACAAUCGGCAGUUUGGUUUGGAAGUAAGAAGUGGCAACACGUUUUCGUACCUGGAAAGUGAGUUUAUUCAGUUUUCGACAUUUGAUCUCUGUUCUUUACUGUGGAUAGAUUCCAGCACGCCACUUAUAUACACCAGAAUGCCCUUCAACUAUAGAAAAAAACAAACAACUAGAAAGAGAAGCAAUUUAGAUCUGCCAGUAAUAACAAAUGCUUUAGGUGACAUUGAUCAAGGAAAGUCUAUCCGAGGUGUUGCUUUGGAAUAUGGAAUUGACAGAAAUACCUUAAGAAAUUAUUUAAGAGACAGGUCUAAAUUGACUAAAAUAAGUGAACAAGGAAGCCAGUUUAAAACAUCUAUGAUAUUUACAAUCGAAGAAGAGAAGGCGCUUGUUGAAUAUCUUAUAGCUUGGAGCAAAAUGAAUUAUGGAUUAACCAGACAGGCGACUAUGCAGCUAGCAUAUGAAUAUGCAACAAUGAAUUCCAAAAAGACUAGAUAUAAUUCAGCCAUGAAUAACUGGAUGAUCAGUAACCCAGGACGAACUGUUACGAUCUACAAUAUACCUGGAUUUGUAAACACAAUCAUGUCGCAGGCUUUUAGUCUAUCCAAUAUUUUGAGUGGAUUUCGAUCAACUGGGAUACACCCCUAUAACCCGGACAUCUUUACAGAUGACGACUUUUUAUGCUCUGCGGUAACAGAUAGAGAAAUGACUAGUGAACUCCAAAAGCAAGAUGUUUCUUCGAUUACUUCACCCUCGGUCGCUGCAAAAGUACCAUCAGAUUCAACCACGGUCGCAUUACCUUCAACAUCUACUGUACGUCAGUCAGAGCCUUCAACAUCAGCAUCAGUAUUCACGAAUGAAACUGCAGCUCCUAGAAUCAAUUCACCAUCAAUUUUGACUGCGGAAGAAUCCGAGCAAGCAAAUACAAUACCAAGACGAUCAGCAGAGAUAGCUUCUACAUCUAAUGUUCUGGAUAUGUCAACGAUUCUGAUUCCAUUUCCAUUUCCAUUUCCAAAAGCUACUUCUAGAAAAAGUCUUCGUCGUGGUAGACAGCCCGGAAAAACUAAAAUUUUAACAAAAACGCCAGAAAAACUAGACCAAGAUGAUAAGUAUGCACCGAAAAAUAAGAAAAUUAAAAUAACUACGAAAAGGCAAACAGGCAAAGCAAAGAAAAAGACAGUAAAAAGACAAGUUUUACACUCAAGUGACAGUGAGACAGACCUUGACGAAGAACCCAAGUAUGAUGAUAGUUCUGAUAGUCCCUGGGAUGAAGUACCAGAUGUUACUGAUAAUUGGUUUUGUUUCAUCUGUGGGGAAGACAAAGUUAUGGACAUGAGACUUUGUGCUGUUUGUGGCAAAUAUGUCCAUGAAAUGUGUGUUGGACUAUCCAAAGACGAUAAGGAGCAGUUUAUUUGUCCCAAUUGCUCCAAUUAA